CCCGUACUUCAUACUUGUUAAUAUUGUGAUAAUAAACUUUGGCAAAUUAAAAGGUAAACAAAUCCAUUUUUGCAAAAUCACAAAACAAUACGAAUAGGAUGACGUCCACGUUGGACUAUAAUGAGCGGCGACGGAAAGAACGUGAAAACAUUGGUUUAGUCGGUGUACCAGGAGUAUGGGAAAAAUCACCUCCGCAGCCUGCCAACGAGUAAUCCGUAUUUAAAUGUCUAAUGUUACUAUUAUUAUUGAUUUGUAGAAAUAACUAUACCUACAUUGUAAUAAACAUUUCAUACACUUUUCGAUAUUUAUAUCCAUCGUAUGAAAAACUAAAUUCGAUAACAGUGAGUCACCAUGAUGUUGAUGUUAUUGCAGUUUGUAUCAAAACACAUUGUAAAAUUCUACAGAUCCUAUAGUCCUAUAAUACGACUUUUUAUGAUUAUCGCGUUUUUACAACAGUUGAUUUGUAGGUGACGUAUUUUCGUACGUCCCUUAACAUUUUUUUUCAACCACUAUCAACCGCAUUUCCCUACAGUUGAGUUCUACAUACACAUUCACUCUUAUGACCGAUAUAAAUAAAAUUAAAAUUAUAAAAUAGAUAUAUUUAAAAAAAAAAAAAAUAUAUAUAUAUAUACGAAAUGUACAAAUUAUUUUGUUUUUAAUAUUAUAGUUUAGAUUCAGACAACGAGAACACACUCAAUCAAAAUCAUCUCUCAAUUCUUCCAAUCAAAUGGCACAAGAAAAAAAAGAAACAAAAAGACAAAUCAAAGGUAUAAUAAUUUUAUAAUUUGUUUUAUUUACACGGUAGUUAUUAAGACAAGUAUUUUAUGAUAAAAAAAUAUGCUUAUAGUUUAAUGUUUUCUUUUAGAAGUCAAAACGAUUAAAAAAAUCAAAGAAGCACAAAGAAUCGCACAAGAAGAAAAAGAAAAAGAAAGUAUCAUCUGAUAGUUCGAGUGGCUCAAGUACUGAUGGUGAAGGCGACGAAUGGAUCGAGAAAAAAGGUACCAACUGUAAUAUUUUGUGCUUAAAAGUUCUAUCCAAUUAUUGUAAAAUAUUAUUGAUACAUGAUUUUUAUUUAGGUGCCGCAGAAACCAGCAUAGAUGAUACUGUAGGGCCAUCACCAAAGCCCAAUGUCACGUUGACCCAAAAAGAUUAUGGACGAGCUUUACUGCCGGGUGAAGGUGCUGCCAUGGCGGCUUAUGUACAGGAUGGUAAACGUAUUCCUCGGCGUGGUGAAAUCGGUUUGACGUCUGACGAAAUAGCCUCAUAUGAAUCUGUUGGCUAUGUGAUGAGUGGUAGUAGACAUCGGCGUAUGGAAGCUGUACGUAUCCGGAAAGAAAAUCAAAUUUAUUCUGCGGACGAAAAACGAGCGUUGGCCAUGUUCAGUAAGGAAGAACGACAGAAGAGAGAAAACAUAAUCCUUACUCAGUUUAGAGAUAUGGUUAAAAGUAAAACCUCGAGUAAUAAAUAAUUAAUUACGAGUAACUAAAACAGAAAUUGUAAUACUGUAUAUGAAAAUUUGUUUAAGUGUAUUAUUUGUGUGUCCGACUGAUUACAGUAUAUUAUAUUGUUGAUUUUUGUACAUUGAUAAUCUAUAACGACUUAUAAAUAUUGGAUAUAAUUAUAUACUCGAUAGGAUAUCCCGUGUAUAGAGAAAGUAAUGUUAAUUCCCUCCCCAGACCUGGGGAUACCACAGAGGAUUUCCCAUGCAUAGGGUUUAAAAUAACAAAAACUUAGUAUUGUUUUUUAAUGAAAAAUAUUUGUACAUUAUUUUAGAGUGCAAUAAUAUUACUGAAUUUACAAAUUAUUAAUAUUGUUAAAUUUAAAACAAACCUAUUUUGAGAAUAAAUAUUGGUUUUGUACAUGAUAUAUAAAACAGAAGGUAUUUUGUAUUGUGAACAAGUAGCAAAUAUUAGAUUUUCUGGUGUAACCAAAAAGUGUAAAAGUACACACUACCACUUUUUUGUAAUGCUUUUAUUUUCAGUUGGAGUUUUAUUAUGUUUUAAUUUUGUGUUAUUUAAUUAUCGUUUGUGUAAGCACAGUAUACAGACCUCUGGUUACGUACCUGAAAAUACCCGUCUCGAACGUGGGGCUGAUAGGCAAAAAUGUAUAGUACUAUAAUAGUCUGUAUAGUAAUUAUCUGUUUCAGAAAUGAAUUGUUCGUUUAAAGAAUUAGAAUAGUACAAUAAACUUUGAAAUAAAAUAUUUAUAUCAUAAAGUUUUAUGUGGCACGCUUACACUGUCUUGCGUUAAAAUAAAAUAUUAUUCAGUGUUCUUUAUUCGUUCAUCAUUACUUCUUUAAUUUCUGUUACCUAGGUAACUUAAAUUAAACAACAUAUGACAGUUAUUUCUUAUCAGUGUUGGGAAGGAACACGUUCCUUGGACAAAUUUUUUUCGUAGAAUGAAGAUUGGAAUGUGUUUCUUUUUAAAUAUAGGAAAGAGUUCCUAUUAAUGUGGAACGUGAAUCUCUGUUCCUCCUAUUGGGAAAACAAAAAUGAAACUGGCAUUUUUUUAGUGAUGAUAUUGUUUAGGAAUUGUUUAGUGUUGGCUUCAUGACUGUAAAAAAACCCAAAUUAAGUGAUGCUUUGUUAGAAAAAUUACUCCUUAAACAAGACAAAAUGUCAGUGUAAUCAUUUUUUUUUUUUCUUGUAUAAUUAUAAAAAUAUUAUAUUUUGAAUUUUGAGUAAAUUGAUG